UGUGGGCUAAUUUCCGGAGAAAUUGGCGAACAACGGGGCCGUUGGGUUCGCGCUGUCCGCAGUUCCAUUCCCCGCACCCCCCUUGCCUGUCCUUCGUUUCAUUGCCGCACCGCGCUCCACUCAACUCGUUCGUUUCGUCGCCGCCGCGGGAGUUCGCAGCAGUUCAUCUCCGGUCGUCCACCUAUUUGCUCACUGCUGCAAGCGGCAAGGCAAUUUUCGUCCCUCUAGUGUCUCUGUAGACUCGCCACCAUUCCGAACGUUAACAGUUUGAAGUCUGCGAUGAAGGUAAAUGACGCUGCUUUGGCAUACAGUCCCGGUGUUCUGGCUCGGUGUGCGGGGUAUCUUCGCCGCUUUCGGAUGCCGCUAUCGGGGUGCAAACUAGAAGAGAAUAUGGAGGUUGCGUCGGAGGUCAACACUCCUACGAAAGAAGAAAAUGGAACAACCAAAAAGGAUGAUGUCAAAGUGGAAGAAAUGACAUCUCGAGACUACUAUUUUGACUCUUAUGCCCAUUUUGGUAUUCAUGAAGAAAUGUUAAAAGAUGAAGUUAGGACACUCACUUACAGAAAUGCCAUGUACCACAACAAGCAUUUGUUCAAGGACAAAAUUGUUCUUGAUAUUGGGUGCGGUACUGGCAUCCUUUCAAUGUUUGCGGCUAAAGCAGGAGCAGCCAAAGUUUUUGGUAUUGAUUGCUCUAAUAUUGUUGAGUAUGCCAAACAAAUUGUUGAAGCUAAUGGACUCAGUGACGUAGUUUCCAUUAUUAAGGGAAAGGUUGAGGAGGUGGAGCUUCCUGAUGGCAUUCAGAAAGUGGACAUUAUCAUUUCUGAAUGGAUGGGAUACUGUCUUUUCUAUGAAUCUAUGUUGGAUACAGUUCUGUAUGCCCGGGAUAAGUGGCUGCAGCCUGAUGGCCUUAUGUUCCCUGACAGAGCUAACUUGUUCGUGUGUGCCAUUGAGGACCGGCAGUACAAGGAUGAGAAGAUUAACUGGUGGGAUGAUGUCUAUGGCUUUGACAUGAGCUCUAUCAGGAAAGUGGCAAUCAGUGAGCCAUUGGUUGAUGUUGUUGAUCCCAAGCAGGUUGUCUCCAAUGCCUGUUUGGUAAAGGAGGUGGAUCUGUACACAGUGAAAAAGGAAGAUCUGGACUUUAAAUCUCCGUUUCAACUUCAAGUUAAGCGCAAUGACUAUGUUCAAGCACUUGUGACUUAUUUCACCAUUGAGUUCACCAAGUGUCACAAGAGGAUGGGCUUCAGCACAGCACCAGAUGCGCAGUACACUCACUGGAAACAGACUGUGUUUUACUUUGAUGAGUACAUGACUGUCAAGAAGAACGACGAAAUUAGUGGUUACUUUUCGAUGAAACCUAAUGCUCGCAACAAUCGUGACCUGGACUUCAGCAUUGAAAUUGACUUUAAAGGAGAUUGUGGUGAAAUGCAUGAAGUUAACCAUUAUCGCAUGCGCUAAUCUGUCUUCAGCUGUGUUUUUAUAUAUUUAGUGGACCCUUAAAAUGAGAAACACUAAAAAGAAAAAAGAAGAAAAAGAUUCAUUUUGCAUCCUAGUUAGCCAUUGCACUUGAAACCCAAGUUGUGACGUUUCCUUUUUUUUAUGUCAACAUACUCUCAUUGUGAUUUAUUUUUUGUUGUCAACUUUGCCUUUAGUGUUAAGUAACUAAGCUUUCCCUUUUAUAAAUCAUGCUCAUAUGUA